AUGAGUACUAAGUUGGGCACCGGCUGGUCCGCGGAGGGGCCACGUUCGUUUUCAUUUUUGUUCUUGGAUAUAAUAAUUUUUAUUGUAUUUUACUCUUUCAUGUCCCUGCGAGUUACUCUCCAGGUUUCAGAACGGAGUUGGGCUACGCCUCUCGACAUUCAAAACUUUUGUUCUGUGCUAGAUUCCCCAGUUUGUCCCUUCUCUAGCUAUCCUGUCCUUGUUUGGUAUCCACUUUGGUUGUGCACAGGAUUUAUUUUUGUUGUUUUGAUAGCGUAUUGUAGAGGAAGUGUGAAGAUACAGAUACGCAGCAGCGUCGCGGGAAUGGAAGAACGUCAGCGGCGCCACCCCCGUGUGUUGACAAGUGAAGUGUACAAUGACGCGGAGGUCACGUUCAACCUGCUUGAAAACAAGGAGAAGCUGGUUUCACUUUUGGACUGCGUGACGCUACUGCGGGCCAUGGGGAUGAAUCCAACACAAGAUGAUAUCGACUAUUUGCGUGAGCGGAUGGCGGAGCCCGUGCUUCGACUGGAGGAGUGGCGACGCAACGAGGAAAUAAGACGAGACAAGGAGCAGCGGCGCGAGGAGAUGAAGGAUAGGAAGCGAAUAGGUACAGUUGCAAUGAAGAAAAACACGAAAUUAGCUGGGGAUCGCUCUGCUGAAGGAACAGUGCAGGAUGGGCAAAAUCCGCAGCAGCCCGUAAAGAUUACACCUGCUGAAGAGGUAAAGAACAUUGACUGGAAUAUAUUUAUAUCAUGCGUUGAGGAAAUUUAUCGCGACGCGGUGACUGAGCAAAAAGAGGUAUUGGGGGCGCUAAGAAUUCUGGACACGGAAGGCGAUGACAGCAUUACCAUCGAUGAAUUAGUCGAGUUGGUCACAACCAAUGGGGAGAGCGUUUUGAAUCCCGCGGAGGUGCAACAACUCCGUUCGCUCCUCCCUAAAGAAUGUAGCUUACCGGAAUUGGCCUCUCGGUUGCAGGGAACAUAUGUCCCACCUACAAAGGAGGAACUAGAGCGGGCGGCAUUUGAGGAGAUUGAGAGACGACGGCAGCAGGAAGCCGCAGCAAAGGCCGCUGCGGACGAUGCUAUGCCGUUAGUAUAA